GUACUCCAGUCUAUGCGUGGAACCAGAAAAAAAAAAAACAACUCCUCUGAUUCAGUCGCCCCAUCCGACUCCUCGUCUCCUCCGUCGCUCGCCUCCUCCCACCGAGCUGAUCCCCAAUCUUCACCGCCCCCACGAAGAAGUACUGAGGAAAAGAGAGAGAGAUCGAGUGCGAGAUCCAGUAUGUGCGGCGAUCGUGGAGUUGGCGGUGGCGGCAGGUUGCUCCGGCGACACUGCCGCCCGAGGGAUUUCACUCACUCGCUGAGGUCCGGGCCGCCGGGGCGCUAUGCAAGUCCGCUACGGAUGGUGAAGGGCAGCACGAGAGGAGCCCUGCUAACCAGCGGGGGUGGCGGCUGCUGAAUGAAGACUUCCGGCGCGCCGCCGCUGCCGCCGGCCACCGUCCACGCGCAGAGGAGAGGAUGCGGCGGCGAUGGCAGGACAGAGGAGGAGUGGGCCGAACGUGGGCUAUACGGCCCAUGGGGAUGGUUAGACUGUGAAAGCAGAGAGGUCAUCUCCGGCGAUCAGCAGGGGGCGCCUCCUCUCCUGGGAGGAGGAAGAGGAGAAGAACGUCGUGUCAUCUUCUUCUUUGCGUUCUCCAGCAUUUCUCCUUCGUGUUCUCCUGCUGGAACGUCGCUUCUUCUCCUUCGUCUACGAACAAAAGCUCAGGGAGGGAAGAACGGGACGCUUCUCACGCCGAGCUGCGCCAGGGAGGGGGAGGAGGGACGCUUCUCACGCCGAGCUGCGCCUCGUUUCAAGGGUUACGACAUAAUGAAGGAUGACAUAGGCACUUCCUAUGGUGAUUUACCAGAUCACAAGUAUUUUAUCUCUGUCAGAGAAUUCACGACAUCAGCGAUGGAAUAUAUAGACAGCACUCGGUGUAGUUUGUUGGGAGAAUACAAGAAACUCAAUGUUUGGAUUGUUAAGGAGAGGAUUAAGUGUUGUGUCAGAUCAAUGGCUGUGGAGUUAUUCAAUCAACAUGAAGAGGGGUAUUGCUUGUCAAGAUUUGGUGAAUCUAAUAUCUGGGUUGCCCCUACUGGACACAUAAGAUUCCGGCUUGUCACCAGGACAAAAAGGACGGAUUAAUUGGUUUGUCAAAAUUAUCUUGAUCUUCGUAAUGUGAUCCGUCAAACUGUAUUCAGGAAUUACAGUAUGGACCAAAUACCAGAGGACUGGAGAUCUUUAAUGUCUCUAAUGCUGCACAAUCCACAUGAGCAUGGUUAUCUUAUCUGCAAUUAUGCACCACUGAUACCAAUCGAAAACAGGAUACUUUUCUAUUUCAAAGCUUAUGAGCAUAUGAGGUUUGUCUUAGCCUACACCAAUGAUGCUGCUUAUCGUGAUAUACUUAAGAAGCUUCCAUACCAAAACAGAUGGUUUCAAAUCACCGAAGGGAAUUAUUUACUGGAAGCUUCGCUGAAGCACAAAAACUAUGGUGUUGAUGACAAUCCGGAAAAGGCUCAUGACCCAGAAACAUUUUUUAAAUACUAUCGACAUUCAAAUUGCCACCGGUUAGACAGAUGCUUCAUGAUAGAGGAAGUUGGUGGUUAUUCCGCUGAACAGUUUGAAUUGAUCUUCAUUGUGAAGUAUCCACUAUUCUUACCGUUGUUGCAACAGGAAUUGCAAAGAUACAACCAGCUGAGGUGCCUAAAACCCCACACGUUAUUCUUCUAUGGAAAUAUUCAAGAUGCUGAACAAAGCUGUGCAAUGAUUUAUCAUGAUCAAUUGGAUAAUCCACAAGCAACAGUUGGAGAACUUAUGUGCACCCUUGAAGAGCUGUACCAGGGAACUGAUUUGACAGUAGCACUUCAUAGGAGGAUCACAAGACACACUGAUGAACCUGUGGAGAAUGAAGAAAUAAUUUUACAAGUUAAAGUGCUGCCUGGAUCAAGGAAAGGAACAAAAAUAACACUUCCUUAUGAAGGGUCCCAUUUUUACGGCCAGCCGCCCCAUGAUUUAAUUUUGACCCUUGACAUCGCACCUCAUGAGACCUACAUCCUCUAUGGAAAUGACCUGGUAGUUCAUUGGGUUCUUCGUCUUGUGGAUGCACUUGCAAAGUGUACCAUAAAUCUUAAGACACUUGAUGGGCGCUACUUGAAGAUCAAAGUUGAUGAGGUCGUGUACCCAGGGUAUGAGCUGGUAAUAAAGGAUGAAGGAUGGCCAAUCGGCGAGGGAUUGAAAGGAAACUUGAGGAUAAUAUUUGAUGUCUCUUUUCCUAAAACACUAUCAGGACGACAACAGCAUUCAAUCAGACAGGUUCUAGAUCAGUGACCGGGGGUCUUGUAAUAGAGAAGGAUAGUCUUGCACUCUUACAUUCAUGUAAAUUGGCUACUUCUUGCUGUGGUGAUGGUGAUGGAUAAUGAUUCAUUGCUUGAUUGUACAUUGCAACUGUUUGCUCAGCCUAUAUAGUUUCUCUCUCUCUCUCUCUUGAAUGAGGAAAUGAAAAAGGGAUAGAGAGAAAAAUCAUUGUUCA